ACAGACUUUGCCUUCUCGCGCCAUUACCACUGUACGGGCCUCAUUUGCGUCUUUGUCCUGCAAUGGAUCCAAAUGAUUCAAUUGUCGGAAAACUGGUGAUUAAAUGCAAAAGCAACGAUGUUGACGUCAAAGUCGACGCAUUAACCAAACUUCAAUCUGAAUUCGAAUCCGGCGCAGAGAUCGACGACCCCGACAGUCUCAUCAAUGUUCUCAAGGCAUGUUUACGAACGUCGAACCAGCAUCUCACCGCGGCAACACUCUCUGCUCUGCCACCAUUAAUACCCCUUCUCGUCUCACGCCAUGUAAUUUAUGCUGCAGGACGCGGUGUCAUUUCGCCCUCGCUGUCUUCAUCAACAUCCUCCUCUUCUUCAUUCGUGGACAGUGUCACCCUCCGACAACUGCUUACUGCAUUUCUUCCUGCGGGCGGACUCAUAGAACGUCUAGGAGAUAAGGAAAAGGCUCAAACCAAGGCUCGGGAAGCUUUAGUAAUCCUAGGGGGUUUCGCAUAUCGUGCUGGCGGGACUGGCAUGAUGUCUACCAAUUCAAGAGGGACCAAGGGCCCCGAAACACCGCUAGCGAUGUUUGAAAGGUUCCUUCGAGAAAAUGGACUAGCAAGCAAGGUGUGGAAGGUGCGAGAACAGUCCAUUCUGGCUCUUGUCCAUAUUCGCCGAAAUCACCAUACAUUCCCUAUCCGGCCUUAUUUGACCCUCCUUGUCGACAGUCUCGAAGACACAGAUGCUCAUGUACGGGAAUGUUCGCGUCAAUCCGUGGUGGAACUUUUUUCGGGACCCGCAGUCACUGAUGCGGCCCGUGCUGAUUUGAAGAAAGAAUUAACCAAAAAAGGCGUUAGGAAGACGAUCGUUGAUGGAGUGCUUUCAAAACUUCUAGGUGCCGGUUCUGGGACGGGGAAUGGGCUUCAUAGCAGAGAGGGAUCAGAGAGUAGUGAUAGCGUCACGAAGACAAAGGAAUAUAUCCCCCCUAGCAUGAUGCUUCAGAAUCGCAAGUCCUCCACAUCUGCCGGGAAUGGAAUUCCAAGAGCUGCUAGUUCGACGGGCAUCCCAAGGCCGGUUAGUCGCGCUGGCGCUGUGUCUCCCAGUAUAAUCACCCCAGUUGACGAGUCUCAGGCUUCCGAGAUUCGUGCUGUCUACAUAGCUUCCAGUCGCGAUCUGGAGAACGAAUUUCUAGGCAUGGCAAAACCAUUUGAUGGAAAGGAAACGGAGCAUAAUUGGGCAAUACGCGACCAAUCCAUAACCAGAGUGCGCGGCAUGCUCAAAGGCGAUGUUCAUACGAGGUAUCCUGACACCUUCAUGGCCUGCUUGAAAGAUGGCUUCAUCCAGUGGUCGAUAAAAUCGCUGAUUAGUCUGCGAACGACAGUUGCUACGAAUACUAUUUCCCUCUAUAGCGAAUUGGCUUCUGCUUUGGGAAUCGCUUUGGAUCCUUUCUGCGAUGUUCUCCUUUCCAAUCUUCUCAAAAUGGCUGGAUUCACCAAGAAAAUCACGGCUCAGGAGUCGCAAACAGCUGUGACAGCAAUAAUAAACUACACCUCUGGCACACCCCGCAUUUUCAUCCCUCUGCUCUGGCAGACUCUACAGGAAAAGACAGUGCAAGCACGAACGUAUGCGACGAGCCAUACGAAGCAUUACUUGGAAGUCCAUGGUCAGCAUGCGAAAUUGACGAUAGAAAGUAGUGGAGGGCUGGAGACUUUGGAAAAAUCACUGAAGAAAUCUUUGGGGGAUCCUAAUCCUGCCGUCAAAGCAGAAGCGCGAAAAUCUUUCUGGGUCUUUCAGAGCUUCUGGCCAGAGCGCGGCAGCGUUAUCUCCGAAUCACUAGAUUCGGUAGCUCGAAAGCAGCUCGAAAAGGCCUGUCCUGAUCCCAAUGCUGUCGCCAUCCUGCCGCCAGUCGCCGCGAAACCAACUAAGAAAAGUAGUGUAGCAGCUGCAAUCGCAGCUAGCCGAGCCAAAGCGAAAGCAAUUGCGACCUCUCCUCCUACAUUGCGGCAUCAAGCCACUGCCUCUCAUACGCCUUUCAAGCGGUCCUUAUCACCGGCAUCAACUUCACCUCCAUCAAGAUUCACACCGCGACCUUCAUCCCCUUUGCGUACCUCUACUUCGCCUCCUUCAACGCGCUCUCGUAUUAUAUCCAACAACCCCAGCCGUCCUGUGAGUGCAGGGGCUACACCGAUUUCUCCUCCUCGUUCAAAUCCGCGAGUGAGUCUAGUCAGACCUUCUUCUCCACACUCUCCCGAAAACUCGUUUCAACGGCGCACAUUAUCUCCAUCAUCGCCUCUUUCUGGUUCUACCAAUCGACAGUCCAUUCUUCAGAGAGCGGCUCGAACAGCAUUACCUGCCUCCCCUCCGUCCUCUGUAGGUUCGCCGCCAAGCCGCAGUCCCACCAAGAGACCUGUCACUACACCUACACAGGUUCGACACUCUACCCUUCUAAUUGACGCGACAGGUCCAGAAGAUUCUCUACUCCUAGCGCAAAGCAUACCAAUACCCGAUUAUGACACUGAUUUUGAUGAUCACUCUAUAAACCUCAUGUCAUUUUCUGCACCUUUCGAACAAUACCCUGCUACUACGCCGAAGUCAGAUACCCAGUCCCAGUCACUUUCGCCGAAAUCGGUAGGCUCGAAGCCCGUCAUUGGUCUUCCUAAUGUACUGUCUUCUGAUUCCGUGGUUGACCUUGGGGGUGGCCAGGCUGUUGUUGAAGAUGCGCUAAGAGCUCGCGCAGAGCAGGCAGAGAGUGCCGCUGAGCGACUCCUGGAGCUCGUAGAACCGGAGGAGGAAGAGCUAGAUCAUCCUGUGAUACCCGCAUCGCUCUUUGCCGGUGGUACUAAUGGGCUUGCGACGCCUAAGAUGAAGGCUAAGCCAUCGCCUUUACAGCCUGUUCAAGGACAGGCGCCGCCAACCACUCCUGUGAACCGAGUUACAUCUGUCAUGCGACAGGCUGCGCUUUUCAAAGAUAGCCCCAUGAACAAGACCAGCUCGCCGUCUUUGAUGGAUGUCCUCCGACCAGACCGUCGACAAGAGAAUGGUUGGUGGCUCAAGCGGAAGGCUUUGAUUGCCCACUGUUUAAGUUUUGAAGACGCCACUAUUUCAGACCAUGAGGGGGAACUAAAAGGAUAUAUUUCCCGCAUGAAAUCUGGCGAUGUCGACGUCGAUCUUCUCCGACGGAUAGCUCUUUUCUGUAUAGCGAACCCUGUAGCCGACCCAUCAUCGCCCAUGAGUCCCGAGCUGGGUUAUUCCGGGAGCCCUUCUCCCUUUGUCAGUUCUUCUUUUGUAUCAAACCUUCAUUCUGAUAUAUGGGAGAGGAACCAUAACUCUGACCGGUUCUUGAAUGCACUUAUCCAAUGUCUAAACCCACUCAAAAGUGAGGAAGAACUCGAGUACGGGCUUAUCGUCCUAUGGGAAGUGCUGCAAAACCAGGCGGCCUAUAUUGAAGGUCAUGAAGCAGAUAUGCUUUCUGUCCUACUACGAAUACGUUACUGCAACAAGCCUAAUGUAUUGGAGGCUACCAACACAAUCCGUGAUGCCUUGACUUCCCACGUAGAGCCCGUGUAUGGAUUGACCACCAUGCAUGCUUGCCUACGGACCUUCAGAGCUGAACUUCACCCUGAAUUUUCGGACGAAGAAGUCCAAGCUGCAACAUAUGCAUUUGGUCUGAUCGCUCUUGGGAAAUUUAUCCUCCGUUUGCCCGCAGAAAUCGCAGAAGAAGAGAUGCCACGUCUCAGGACGACUCUCAUCGCUUCGCUAAACGACAAAACUUCUCUUGUAGUGAGAGAGUCGGCGGCCGCUGUGAUAAUUGCUGCCCAGCUUGUGCUUCGAGAUGAAACACAUCUAUUCGUUCUUCUGGAUGGUCUAGCCGACGAGAAGAAGAACCUACUAACUUAUCUAUUCGACAAGCACGGUGUCCGGGGACUACCGAAUUCGAACAAAACUUCAGGCAUCAAUCGGCUGGAGAAAGAAAUGAGAAGAUUGGAUACCCGAACCAGCAUGUCUCCCAGACCUACUGAUUGAAACCAAGAAACAUCUGGGCAACCGUUGACGGUUCCAACUAUGUUAUUAACGUGGCUUGCAUGACUUGUUGAUAUAUUUUCCAGCAUGGCUCUACAACUGUACGAUUAUUACACUAAACGUUUUCCUGUGUCCUUUACCCUACUGCUGUUAUGUUAAGUAUUCUAGCUAUGAAUAUAUCCAGAUCGGGGCGAAUUGUGGCUCAG